GAAGCUUGAUGCGUGCGUAACUCUAUUAUACCUAAAAGUGCAGUGACCAUAAUCGCUUAGAGUGAUGGACAAACAAUUACCUUGUUUCACCCAAGAAGAGAGUAAAUACGAUAUUUUUAAUCCUUUCCAUCCAUUUUCGUGUGUGUCAACUUACAACUACGACAAGCACCAGUAGUCAUCCUUGGUUACAUUCUCCUUCACUUUCAUCUCCUAUAUCAGCAAGAACAAGAAGGCUUCUUGAAGAAGAGGGUCCUUGAAGUUGAACUACGUAGGAACAAGAUGGCGCUGGAGAAGGAUUCUCCGAGGCGGGAGCGCAAGAAGCAUGCUGGGCAUGGCGCUAAGGAACAGGGUGGCAAAGGUGGCGUUGUCAUCGCUGGAGUAAUAGUGGCUCUCGCAGCAGCUGGAUACUUAUGAGGACUAAAGCUAAACUCAGCAACAUUCGAAACGUGAGAAUCAAUGAGAAGUCGUCAGGGAAAUAUCAGGUGGCAGGUCGGCGAAUAGAUUCACGCGCGCGCCAUCAAGUGAGUAAUCUACAACUGAGAAUGAAGUAGGGCAUUCUUCUGAAUGGUUCCGGUAUUUGGUAACCUGAAUUUGAUUAGAAUGCACAGCUUGUUGUAAUUUCAGCUACAUUCUAACAGUCUGCAUCAGAACUUGAGUCGCCGCCGUCGUUGACUGUACCGCCCAAACAAACAAAUAUUCUUCUAAAACUAUGUGGCACUUAAAGAUCUAGUAUUUCCUCACAUUUUCCGAAUCAAAACCAAAAUCCACUUUACUGAAUUGAAAUAUCAAAGGCAAGAUCAACCACAUUCUUAAAAUCUUCCUUUCACCAGUUGGAUCACCUAGUUCGAUGCUAAUUAAACUGAACCAAAAGACUCAAGUAGAAUCAACAAACGUGGUUGCGUAGGUUUGUACAGUGAGUUUCACCAAGCAACUCCUGCAAACAUCUUACCCACACUAAGCAUAGUCACGAUUUCUCUCAACUACUGAUUACUACUACAAGAUUAAAGAGAAGCUGCGGACGCCGAUCAUCCUCUGCUACCACAACAACCUGAUGAAGAAGAUCAGCUUUACGAACACCUUCAGAUCAUACAACCUGCUGGACAAUUAUAUGACUGCUUGGGCCUACAAUCAACCGCUUCUCCGCUUCAAUACUUACAAACGCGGCAAGCUUGGUGCUGAAGCCUUGGAUCAUGUAUACACCAAGGGAUGUCCUUGUAGAUCGCUCUCCACUACGUUGCCGGCCUCGUGCUUCCGUCUUGGGCACCUUUGCAUUCCUGUGGAUUCCAUGGAAGAAAUACUUCCAGAUGCAGAUACUACGAUCUUCAGGAUGAAGAAGCACCUGCUCCUACAAAAUUUCCGCACUUCUGAAAAGUUCUCCAUGGAGAUGCUUAUGUCUCGGAUCAAAGGCAAUCCAAAAUACAGCCCGGAAUUGGUACAAUUGAUCCGGACAGCUAUUGGCGAGCAUCUGGACACCCUUCAACUGGACGAGGAUUUUUCCUGGGAUGGCCAUGCUGGUGAUAACCAUGAUGAAUUUUACCAACUUUUCGACCGCAUCUCCAAAUACCUUGCGCUUACGCCGAUGGAUAAAAUCCGAAAUAAGUGGUUCAUCUGCAACCUUUUCUACGACUUGCUGAUUGCUGAUGCCGCUGGCCUCAUCGAGUACUUUGACCUGCACGAACAUAAUGACCGAGUUAAACGCCAGCUGCCAUCUUGCUCCCUCGUCCCGAAUUUCGAUAAAGCUGAAACUGCUGCCGCUUUCGCAUCGCGCUCCUCCCAGCAGUAUGAUAGUGAUCCGGUCCUUAGCCAAGCUCUCGCUGAUGUCGAUCGCUCACAAACCGAAAAAGAGCUUGACGACAUGCAGGACUAUGUCCUACCAUAUAUUGAUCCUGCUGCACCUACUCCCCCGGUCCAUGGUCCGCGGCAGCCUUUCGAUCGUUACCGGUCUGGAUAUGGCAUGCGUGGUUGCCACAUCAUCAACCAGAACUACAACCUUGCUCGCCGCCAAGUCACUACGUCUCGACCUGAUACCGUUAUCUUUCCUUGGGAACGGUCUAUGCUUCCAGAUUCCAUCCUGCAGAAGUCCGAGUUCCUAAUAAACCCCGUGCUAUCGCGAGCAGACACGUUUAAUGGCCACGCAUACCUACUAUGCAAUAAGAGUGAGUUCGUUACCUCCGUGCUAUUAUGGGUUAUUAGUACGAAGAAUGUCCUUGAGUAUACUCAGUUCCGGAAAUACGCAAGACCACACAGAUGCGCACUCAUGCGAUCCGAUUUUGAAACUGGGUCGCUUCCUAUGCCGACUGACAUGCCGGCAACUUCAAGCAUCUACCGUCCUGCGCGUGAAUCUAGUGGCGCCAUCUCUACGCCACAUAUGGCGAACCACAGUCGCAGUAAGCAGACGCUCUACAUCUCGCCUAUCAAGGUCCCGCCUAUACUGCAUUACGACAACAUAGCUCCUGCCCAAGUGCAACAUCCUGGGUGCCACCUUUUUAAUGCGCCGCUUGUUCGUGAUAUCGAGCUGGACAGUACUUUUAGGUUCUUACCCACGCCUGAAGGACGUGGAUACGAGCUUGUCUCUUUCACACCCGCCGAGGUGUUGGAUAUUAUCAAACGGAAGCUGCCGUCCUGUAUGAAAGGCAUCGACUUGGAGAAGAACCUCCCGACGAUACAUACCCCGCCUAAAGUGCAUAAGGACCCUGAAUUCAAGUUCCGCCCGGUUUGCUCGGUUACUAAUACUACCUUGCUCUCGCUCCCGCAGCAGUACCUUCGCUGCAUCUUGGAUAACGUAUGCUCAUGCUUACCCUCCGGCUUUUCCGUUAAAGAUUCUCGUGGUGCAAUCGACAAAUUCAAGCAGUCGCGGUUCCACGUCAUGCACAAGGGCGACUUCAGUGACAUGUUCACCAAAUUCAAGCAUGACGUAAUGACGCAAAUUGUUGGCCGCCAAGUUAAGCGAUGCUUCGAGAAGCAAAACAUCAUAGCUAUUGGCGUACACGUUUCCUGCAAAUUCGCUUACCAAUACAAGGCCAUCCCCAAGAAGAAGCCCGCCGGUAUGGUAUUCUUUACCGUUGCCGACGUCACGCAGCUGGUGAGUGUUUGCAUCGAGUACAACUUCGUGUAUGUCUUUGGGAGAACCCUAAGGCAAAGUGUUGGCAUUCCAAUGGGUGGCCCGGCUUCCAAUUCCAUUGCUGAUACCGUAUUAUGCCCACUUGAAGAGGAGUUCCUGAGUUCUCUCCCUAUAGCGAGCCGGGGAAAGUUCCUGGGUACUGCGCGUUUCGUUGAUGACGUACUCAGUCCAUCCGAACUGCCUUUCGACCUGAUCUAUGGCCAAACAGGUCUUACGAUCAAGCCAGAAUCUGCAGGCCACUACGCCAUAUUCUUGGACUUGGAGAUCUUCUGUGCUCACGGUAGUAUGUACUUCAAAAACUACUCAAAAGAUGGCCUUUUUGCUUUCGAAACAGAAAAGUACAUAGAUCCUCGCUCGUGUGUUCAUGAUAGUACUCACUUUUCCAGUUUUUGCGGUUCUGCUAUUCGACUAUAUAAGAAUAACUCCUUUUUCUUGUUUUUCUUAUACGAUAUUUGUGAGCUUUACUUACGUACUUCGCGGGCUCUAUCUAUACCGACCAUGGCGCGUAGCUUUGACGUCAUCGCGGAAAGACACUGGGAACCUAAGUGGGGAUAUAGAGAAGGCUACAGAGCUAAACUCACAAACUUCUUGAGUAUACUCAAAAGCAUUAACGUAAGUAACAUUGUGCUAACUCCCUCGAGCUAAGUAAGCGCGUCUAGAAUUUUAAAUAUAACCCAUUUGCCCGUCCCCGUCCGCCUUAAGCUCCGUGCAAAAAGAAAAAGUGACCUACCUCGUGCCACACUGAAAAGAAAAAUAAAGAAAAGUAAGACACGGCUAAAGAAAGUUAAAAAAGUGGCUGCUUUGGCAUGGACGAUGUCGGUCUUAAUGUAGGUUAUAUCGGAGACGCACCUUGGUGUAAAUAAGUCGGUGAUGCACCUUAAAUGAAAUUGUCGGUAGUUCUUGCUUCCUUUCUAUAAGCACACACACAACAUACUCAAUACGCUACCCCCUCAAAAGUCACACUUUCCCCAAUAAGUCACCUAGCAAUCAUUCGCAACAAUAACAGACAACCUUAUAUGAGUAAGCUAAUCAUCCUUAUGCCAUCUUUCAAAAAAUAGUAAGUUGCAGUGCAAGUAGAUAUCAACGCGGGGCGCUAGUAUAAAUUAACGUAGAAAGUAUGGAACACGCGCGGGGUCAUCAUGGGGGUAACCUACAGCCCAUCUUGAUAAACCAACCCUCCAACAAUUACUACCAAUACAACGACGCACGAACUGAAGCAUUGCUCCCCGAUAAAGACUAUGUUUUCUUAAAUGCGGAGCUUGUUGAGAGGUCACUGCAGUGCCUCUAUACAGCCCCUACAAGUACAGCCUGGUGCCCCGAUAAAGGGCAGGGUAGCAGCUACAUAAAUAAAGCACAGCGUCGCCCUACAACAGCAAACCUUGCCCCUGGGCCUAAGUAUGCUGACAAAAAACGGAGCAAGAAAGCCCUAAAUAGUGACUGCUGGUUUUUAGUCUUGUCAUUUUUGCACCCAGCUUGGCUUAGUAUUUCCAACAGUGAUAUUACGACUUUUGCUCUGUCCGGCCUCCUUCACAUGGUAAUUGCGGUGCAACAGUGCCCUACCUAUGAAGAGGACAGACGCGGCCUUAACCUCCUGUCCCAGAAGCUUUGGAUUAGGGUUAUCUCACUAGAAAAUAAGGCACUUACGCGCUCACUCUGCAAGCUGGUUCCACACAUACUAGACCAAAACAUCCGCUCCCGAAUCUUUAAGCAGACCUUUUCGGGCUUCGAGAUUUUCACCUCCCGCUGUGCAUAUAAGGCAUCACCAGGAGGUCCGAUAGAAGGGUCUACUGUCGUUUUCAACCUCGCGCUAGAUUCUGCUGAAGGGCCUAACAUGCUAGGCCUCAGGGGUGACACAAUGGACACUCCAUUGAUAACUGCAUCCGUCGAAGCAUAUGCAAAAGUACAAAUAAAGAGGAAAAGCGAGAAGAUAAUAGCAUACGAGCAUCACCUUUCUCCGGCCAGCACUUCCUACGUCCGUAUGAAAAACGAUGGCCACAAAUUGAACAUCAUCCAACGUCCACACAUGAAGAUUUUGUGUCAAUGUGGUGCAACAUUCUACAUCUACAUCAAUUUGCCGCCUCGACCUUGCGGGCACGCACAUCAUAAGGAAACCCUGCCUGGUUGUGCUGGAGCUACCUCUUGGUCCAUCGAUGCUGCUACGAUAGAAUGCGCAGAUAUCUCAUUCAACCUGUACCGUCCUCCCGCGUGUCACUCGUCUUGUACUUGGUGCUGCCUACCUGAGCAUCAUGCUAGUGUACUACGACCAACAAACACAUGCCAGCACUUCAUCUACAAGACGUGGCAUACUACGCUCAUGAAACCGCUGACCUAUCACCUGAAUGCGAGCAAAGCCAAAAAAGCAACUGAGGACAUUCACAAGAAGAGAGCUAAUGCGGUGCGGGACCGCGUGACCUUUGGUGCUGUACAUUCUAGCUGAUCACCUGUCUUGGGUUAAGUCUGGCGAAAGUGGAACUCUACAUGCCAGAGUCAAACCUCUGCUGGCAUACCUGGGCAAUACAUUGCAGAACAUCAUCAUCACGAAAGAGCUGAAUAAAUUAAGCCUAAGCCCAUAAAUACCUAGCCUAUGUCCAUUGAUAUAAUGUUUGUUCAAAAUUGUCUUCCUAUUAUCUGUUCAUAUAUAUAGCUGGGUAUAUUAUGUAAUUCUUUUCCGUCGUUCUCUCUUUCUUCAUCUUUCUUUCCUCCUGGUUUGGAUUCAAAAGGUGAAUCCAGUAUUAGCUCCUUAUUUGGAUUUUCAUGCUAUAGUCCCUAGACAUAACAAAUAUAAUUAAACAAUUUUGCGAUGCAGUGGAAUGUUAAGGCUUAUUACAUACUUUCGCAUACUCUUAAAUGAACAGACAAACAACAUAAUUUGCAACAUGACUACUAUUUUUCAUCUCAUUGCUACUGUUACAUAAAAUGAACAAUUGUCAUCAUUUAUAUGUCUUACAUUUUUCAUCUCAUUGCUACUGUUACCUAAAAUGAACAAUUGUCAUCAUUUAUAUGUCUUACAUUGUAUUUCAUUUUGCAUCACCACCUUAUUACACAACAACAAAACACAUAAUCCAUCACAAAACACCCAAGCAGUACGACGACACGUGCGAACAUAUUGGGUGAUCUAGCGAACGCUGCUACCGAAGAUGUGGAGUCCCAUGCUUUCUUUCUUGUGCCUCUUCCUUGUCCGUGUUCCACACAAAAACUAAUUGGGCUGCCGCCCUAAAAAACUGCUUUUCUGUCUGUGUUGCGCCUCUGUGUUUCUUAAUUUACUUGCGCGUUUCCUUUGUUGAGGUAUAAAGCUAUGGAUUGAGCGAAAAUAAUUCUUGAGUGUGGCCAUCUGUCCGGCAAAUUCUGGCUGAGAUGCAUAAAUAAUUUACUUAAGGAGAAAGGUAGCACGUGAUGAAUAUCCUAAGUCGCUUACAAGUAUGCGACUAAAACAAAAAGCAUCUGAUCAUAAUUAAGUAACCUCCUCCCAUAACAGGCUGUUUGUGUAUUUCCCCAUUAUGUUGAGGUGUGCUGCAAAUCUAGAUUGGCUUCUUCCCUUUUUAUAGGGUUGAGGUUUAGGUCCAGCGGCGCUCAAAGCACUAAAAAAAACAACCGGUUAGUUUUUACCUCUAGCGUAUAGCCCUUCCGACAUUAUAAGCGAAAACAAGAAGAGAACCCUUAGGAUCAAACUCAGGUUACUAAAUACCAGAACCAUACAUCUUCACUACAACUGUAGGGCAUUCUUCACUAAGCUACAAUUGGUAGAAGUAGAUGACUCAAAUCCUCUUGGGACCGACCACGAUCUACUUUUAUUAAAAAACUACUCCAUUCUAAUCGGACACUUCCGAGGACCAGUAAGUAGCGUCGUCUUGCCAAAAGUCCUAUCGCGGACAUCGAAUUGGAAGACGCCUGGCGGUGAAUUUGCGGUUCUAGGAUGGGCAAACUGGCUCGAAAAAGCAGGUUCUAGCGAGGACGCGGCGCGGUGUUGCUAUCCUGUGGUACCUUAUCAUCUACAGGAUCAAUCUGCUACUGUAAGUAGAAGAAACUAGCGUAGUUAGCGACAAAGCAAAUUGUUAUGGAAUAUAUUAUGAUGAACAAGAACAUAGUGAUUUUGUGAAGAAGAAGAAGAAGAUGUUCAUUCUAGGUAGCUAAUCUCACUUAUCAGGAUUUCAAAGAUCUUCAUGCCUCUUGGUGUGGUGGUGAGCUGGACAUGCUCACAGACGGCAUAAGACUUUUGUCCGCGUGCUCUUCGACGUUGAGGGGCAGACAUGAAGCGGAAAUUAGAUCCUUCCGUAGCGACCAUUACGAGGGAACAGUAAGGCAGUCCUCACGAGGAAACGGGGAAGUUUUUCUGGUCUCGCAAUUGAAAAGACGGAAACUGAGCAAAAGCGAACCGGCAGGUACUACAUAUAGCUAUAAUCCACCCUCAAUCUGUUGAAUCUCCAUUAUUUCUUUGGAUGCAUUUGCUUACAUCAUGUUGUUCUUAGGUUGUUUGUUGUUUGUAAGAUUUCGAACGCUUUUCUCAAGGAAGGAGGAAAAUCAGAUGGAAUGUGAACUACUUGCAGUUUCAAAAAAAGUUGGGUCUUCGUUGUGAAGGAUCCAUAACCUUGUACCCUAACCAAAAAGGUUCCCCAACACCUGCGCCAGCCUGUAAGUUAAUGGAGUUUUGCGCACAGGACAAGAAUAAGGCUGAUAGAUCAUGCAGGGAAAUGAGGAGGCAACUGGGGGAUUGCUUCUGGAACUGACGAUGAAAAUGUAUCUAUUAUUAGAUGAAACGCAUAAUCGUGCUCGACGUGUUGUAGUAGGGUGAAUAGUCCCGCGGCCGUCUUCAUAGACACACCGUUCGUUACUAUCUUGUCUUGCCGGCAGUGGAGUAGUACUGUCUAAGACGCAAAUGAGUGAACGUGUUGGAACCGAAUAAUUUGGACCUACAGUCUAAUGGCAGGGAAAUACUUCGUAUUCAAAAUCCAUCAAUCCGUGCCCGUCCCGGUGUUGCCUCCCCCCCUUAUUGCUUUCCUCAUUCUGUUCUGAUGUUGUCAUAGAAACGUCCCUUCCUCCUAUCGCCCCCCCCCGUUAUAUGUUGUAUAAGUACUCGUUAUUCUUUCAACUUCAAGUUCAAGAACCACACCUCCUAAAUAACAUGACAUAUACUUUUUUUUCCAUACGACUACAUGCUGCCUCCCAUUCAACUACUUAAGUAACCCCAUCUAAAAACUUACAUACCGGGGGAGCAAGAAAACCGUAGGAACACCAGCAUGGUCAUUGACAGGAUCGAAGAUCAUGUUGACACAAGACUUCAUCUUCUCCCCUCCCCAUGGAAAAUUUCCUCCUGGGUCGCCCCACGACUCAACAUCAUACUGUCAAAUGCUCAACGAGAGUGAGAAAGAAACACUGUGAUGUACUUCUACAACACAAGUAACUGAACAAGCAUGAUAGAGAUAUUUACAACUUCAUCAGCACCUGCACCUCUAUUUGAAGUUCCGC